AUGUGGCAACCACCAUCGAAACCUAAUGGACCAAUAACAACUUAUUUAGUUUAUUAUGCACCUAUUGACGAUUGUUUACCAGUAAAUAAUUCCAAAUUCCUUUGUUUAAUGAAAGAUCGUUGGCGAUCAGAAGAAGAUGUUUCAAUGGAUAAUUUAAAUCUAAAUCAAUCAACACGAUGUUCAAGACCAAAAAAUCGUUUAACUGAUAUAAUUACAAAUAAUGAUGAUGAGACAGAUGAAGAAAUUGAACAAAAUACUGUUAUUGAUCAAGUUGUUACUGAUUUAUCCAUUCUUGAAUAUCAAUUAAUUAAUUCUGUUAUAGUCAAUAAAAAGAUCCAUUAUUUAUUCGUUCAGAACUUAAAGAUACAAUCAUCAAUGAUUUAG